AUGAGUGCGAGGGACUUCUACGAUGCGAUGGAACUGGGAGCGAGGCGUUACGGGAACCGAUCGACCGACAGGAGGUUGCUAUCGAGCGUAGACAGCGGCGACGUGCUCGACAACGACACGGAGUUCAACGCCAACCAGUACAAACUGUUCGACGACUUUAGCGCCGACACGCGCAUCAGUUUCAACGCUAUACGCAGCAACUACCACGGGGCAAACAAGUGCGAGGCGAGGAGGCGUGGCGAUCCCGACGACUCCGGCAUCGACGUCGAGAAUGGAAAUCCGCUGGAUGACGUGGCUACGUCCAACGAUAGCGACUUGUUGGAGAACGAAGUAAUGGUAGAUCCUUGGAGCAGCAUGGACUCCUCAAAUUCACCAUUAACUGAUUCGGGACCCUCUGCUAGCGAUGACUGCACACCAUCAACCUCAAGCGGACCUCAAAAUACCUCUAGCCCAAUUACCCCCGAGGCGCGUCGCUUACCGGACCCAAAAGACACUAAACUAAGUAACGCAACGAAAUGCCCCUCCAAAUCAACAGACAAGACACGUUCCCGGGACCUCACGUUGGAGCUAGAGACCCUAGAGCCAGACCCACUCCCGCGCCGGCCGCAUUUCCUUGACGACGACUACCAGCCGCCGUCACGUUCAAACAUAGAAUGCCGUAUACCAAAACCGCAUUUCCUAGACCAUUCCCCGUCGCCCGACGAAUUUGACGAACGCAGCGACAUAACAAACCCCAACUUCCUUGACGAUGAAAUAGACGGUGAAGAGGGUCAAGCACAAAAGAGAGCCGGAGCGUUGCCGAAGAGGCCGACGAAACCACAGUCUUCCACGUACACUGCUCAAGAGGAGAGGCCCCACAGAACAAAUUACAGGAGUACAUUGCACUACGGCUUGGAAAGCGCAGCCAGGUCGAGCGAACGGGACAAACGUGCCUCCCAAUUGUACAGAGGCACCUGGCCUGGGGAGCGAGACGUGUGGACCGGCCAAGAUACCGCCAGCGUACGAAGCUUUUCGAGUAAUGGCUCAAGUAACUGCCCCAGGCCCUCCUCCAAUCUGGAAAAUAAAAUGGAGUGUGUGUGUUCCCUAAUAUCUCUGCUAAGCUUGUCACCAGAAAAUAACGCUGACUUGAGCGGACCCUUAUUGGACAUGAGUAGAUCAGUCGAAAGCUGCAUAGCAAUGCGACAAGCUGGAUGUAUCCCCCUACUGGUUCAGCUUAUUCAUUCAAAGGUACCACGGGAGACUAGAGAUCGCGCCGCAAAAGCACUGCGCAACAUCAUUCACACGCAAACCGACGACAAAGCAGGUAGACGAGAGGCGAGAGUAUGGAGAUUGCUCGAACAGGUGCGUGAGUACUGUUACGUUUUAGAGGACUUGGUAGAAACGAGGAGGGAAGGAAAGGAGGUUAUAGAAGACGACGCAACCAAACAUCCGAGCCAAAGCGUUGCAGCUCUUAUGAAGCUAUCGUUCGACGAAGAGCACAGGCAUGUUGUGUGCCAGCUCGGGGGACUUCAGGCGCUCGCCGCGUUAGUAAGCGGCGAUCAGGCGGCACAUGGUAGCAGAACUGACGACAACACUUGCCUGACCAUGCGCAAGUACGCGGGGAUGACGCUGACCAACUUGACCUUCGGCGACGGCAACAACAAGUCUCUGCUGUGCUCCUUCAAGGAUUUCAUGUUGGCGCUGGUCGAACAACUGGAAUCCCCGAACGACGAUAUGCGACAGGUUACAGCCGCUGUGUUAAGAAACUUAUCUUGGAGAGCGGACACUAAUAGCAAACAGGUUUUGAGAGAAGUGGGGGCUGUUAAGGGGCUUACUAAAGCCGCUAUGACCUGCCAAAAGGAGGCGACUCUGAAAUCCGUGCUGUCAGCCCUUUGGAACCUCACCGCCCACUGUUCUAUGAACAAAGUAGCCUUAUGCUCAGUCGACGGGGCCUUAGGGUUCCUAGUCGACAUGCUAAGUUACAAUUCACCCACGAAGACGCUGGCUAUAGUGGAGAACGCAGGUGGUAUAAUGAGGAACGUGUCGAGUCACAUCGCCGUCCGCGAAGAUUACAGGCAAAUUCUCCGCGAGAGAAAUUGUUUGAGUGUCUUACUGCAACACCUCAAGUCUCCGAGCCUCACUGUGGUGAGCAACUCUUGUGGCACCCUGUGGAACCUAUCGGCGAGGUGCCAGCUAGAUCAGCAGUUCUUAUGGGACCACGGCGCCGUCCCAAUGCUGAGAAGCCUCAUCCAUUCCAAACACAAAAUGAUCGCGAUGGGCUCCAGUGCAGCCCUAAAGAACCUGCUCAAUUCCAAGCCCGGCAAGACGCACAUAAUCGCUCUGGACACGACCGCCAGAAGUAUGAACCUACCGGCCUUGCCAACCCUCGGCGUUCGCAAACAGAAGGCUCUGGAGCAAGAGCUCGACCAGAACCUCGCCGAGACCUGCGACAACAUAGAACCGGCCACAUCCCCGACGACGAGUAAUAGAGAGGAGAAGAACCUCUUCACGGCAACGGAGAGACAGAUCGCCAUGAAUUUAGAGAGGCACAGGAUGACUUCAAGCUCUCCGCUCAUGGGCACGCUGGCCUCCCAGAUAUCGCUAAGUCACAGCGCCCAUCUGGCGAGCUACCUAAGCUGCAGCAACACGCUCCUGAAAGGAGCUCUAGUGACGCGGUCGAAUACUGGCAGCGCGGGCAACGUGAACCGCUCAGACAGCAAGGACUCGGUAACCAGCACACACUCCGACUCCGUGUUCGAGAGGGUCAUGCGGACUGGGAAAGUGCCGGUGCCGACACCCCGAAGUAAGGACUUGAUGAAAUCGGAGACGUCGGGCGAAGCGUUCAAGGCGACCUCGAAAACAAUGGACAAAGAUAACGCGUACCUCCGCUACAGCCAACCGCCGAUACCGCCGCCGAGGAGCUCAACGGACAUGCGGACGAACUACACGGAGUCCGGUUACGACGUCGACCAGGACUCCUGCGACCAGCCGAUAGACUACAGCCGGAAGUACUCCGAGACCAAAACCGUCGACGCUGAGAGUAUCAGCGAGAAGACCAAGAGCUCCUCCGAGCCGAAGAAGUACAAGAAGGACAACGCGAACACCUUCGGCGAUUAUCAGGAGACCGAUUUGGACCAGCCGACGGACUACUCCCUCCGCUACGCUGAGCACCAAUCGGAGAACGGCUCCGACAUCUCCGAGCCGCCUGGACCGUCAGUCCACGAGGACACCAUCAAGCACUUCGCCACGGAAGGAACGCCGUACGAGACGCCCAUCAUCUUCUCGACCGCCACGUCCAUGUCGGAUUUGCGGGUGAUCGGCAAAGACGGCAAACCGAAGGGCGCGCCUAGUACAAAGGAACACCCGGAAGCGAUGACCCAUUCGGACGAGAAGGACACCUGCUCCAUCGAGGAUCCGCCGAGACACGACAACGACAGGGCCAUCGUGGAGCCCCAGCCGCAGUCGACCGAGCCCACGCCUGAGAAGCGAGCCGUGUUCGAUACCAAGUUCAGCUCGGGCAUGAUAAGCCCCGAGAAGCCGGUGAACUACUGUGACGAAGGCACACCCGGCUGUUUCUCGAGGGUCAGCUCUCUGAGCAGUCUCGGCGAGCCCACCGAGGAGGACUGCCUGGCGAAGAAGAACGCGCAGGCCACGAUCAACGUCGAGCCCAGUCCUCAGGAGCAAAGCAACAGCAGCUCGUCGAAAGACAAAGAGGGCUCGAAAGCCGUGACGUUCGCCACGGAACCGCUCGUCUCUCAACCGGAGACACCUGGACUAGCUUCAGCGCGCACUGGUUCGCCCGCCCAGCGUUUCGUCGAGGACACCCCCCUCAUGUUCUCCCGCUCCAGCUCCUUGGGCUCCCUGCCCGAAUGCUCGCAGCAGGACGACCAGGGAUCCAUUGUGUCGGAAGUCAGCCGGUUAACGUCGGGUUGCAUAUCGCCGAGCGAGAUCCCGGACUCACCGGGACAGAGCGCGCCACUUUCGCCGCCCGCCACCGCCGCCCCCGCCGCCCACGAAAAUCUGCUCGCCCACAAUACAGAGGAGCCUUGCCCCGUGACGUCCGUGUUCGAAGAGCGCGUCUCCCGCUUCGUGGUGGAGCACACACCAGCUCAGUUCUCCGCGGCUACCAGCCUCAGCAGUCUCACCAUCGACGACGAGCCCAAGGCACCGCCACGGCGCAGCACUACCCCACCCGAGUCUGCGGCCGCCGUCGUCCCGAAGCCUCGGCCCGACGCCGUCACCGACAGGCGACAACAAACACCGCCGAUGCCGGUCGUCACCGGGAUGACUAUUGAACCUAUGAAAGCGGGCGCGCGUACGCCCGGCGACACGUGCAAGGUGUACUUCACGGAGGACACGCCGGCGCUCCUCUCCAAGGCGGGCAGCAACUCGAACCUCUCCGCGCUCUCCGUCGACUCGACGCCCCCCGUCGCCGACGCGCCCACGCCCCCCGCGCCCGACGCCCCCCGCGCCGCCACGCCCCCCGCGCUCGCCCAACCACCGCAGCAACAACAGCAGCAGCACGACACCUCCGACAGCUCGAACCUCAGCGACGCCGGCGACCUCCUCGAGGAGUGCAUACAGAAGGGCAUUGCGCAGGUCGUUAAAAACAAAGGUCCACCUUCAGAGGUGUCUUCCAUCAAUCCGUACUCGGUCAGGGACGAUGUUUAUAGAUCACUGCCACCGUAUUUACGAUCGUCGACUGAGACAGUCAAGAUGUCGCAGGACUACAGGAACAUGAGAGACAGUCGCAGUGGCAGUGGUAGCCGUAGCAGCAGCGAGGACCGCGCCCCGCCAUUGCCACCCAAGCCGGGCCCCCACCAGCCGCCGCUGCUGCCACAACCGCCAGGACGAAAACACCAAAGCCGCCUGCAGGUCAAAAGCACGACUCGGGAGAAACCGAAAUUGCCCGUCACAACCAACUUGGGCAGGAACGACUCGUUGAGCUCGCUCAGCCUCGACUCGUUCGGCUCCACCGACAGGGAGAUCUUCGAGGAAACCGUGAAAGCAGGCCUUUCGAGCGUCAAUCCCCGCGCGAAGUUCACACUGGAGAGCAACAAAGGUAAGGCCCAUUCGGUCGAAAGACCAUCGGAGGCCACAAGGCACGGCAGGCACCACAAGUCGCUCGACCGCAGCGACAAAAUAGCCCAGCAGCGCACCAAACUCAAGGAUCCGGAGUUCGAGAAGAAUCUCGCCUCGGGCGCCUACAGCAUCAAGCCCUCCAGCAAGGUGAAAAAGCUGGAACAAGACCUGGCAGCGCUGAGCCUCACAAGAUCGCCGUACUCCUACCACGGGGAGACGUCGGGACACUCGUUGGCGCACCACUCGAGGCUCCGAGGGCACCCGUCGCGUUUCUACGACGACGGCCCGCCCAGCCUGCCCGUCCGGAUGGAGGACCCCAGGAGAGAGCUCGACAGGAGCAGCUCCGUCAGCUCGCUCAGCAACGAGUCGUUCGGCUCCACCGACAAGGAGGUGUUCGAGAGGUGCGUGCGGAUGGGCAUGUCCAAGGCGCAGCCGAAGAAGCGGGACGACAAGCUGCGCGUGCGGAGCGACGACCGCCUGGAGGCGAGGGAGGCGCACCGGCGGCGGCGCAAGGAGGGCAAGGCCGCGCAGGGCGCCCUGGACAGGAUGGUCGGCGAGGACUCCAGGGACAGGGCGAUCCUGGAGGAGGUGAUAGCGCGCGGCGCCGGCGAGGGCAGGCCCCAGCCAAAAAACGUCCCGGCGCCGUCUGCGGCCCGCGCGCCCGCAGACGAGCACGCCGACACCGCGCCGCGCCCAACUGGCUCUGACCAACACGACGCCCCCCCGCCCCGGCCCCUCUCCCGCCGCUCGCCCGACGCGCCGCGCGGCGGGGGCGACGAGCCGACGGACGCCGCGCCGCUGGGGCGCUCCAACGAGUGCCUCGCCCCCCGCUCCGCCAACACGACCGCGGAGUCCGACGUGAGGGACGAGCUGAACAGGUCGAACGAGUCGUACGCAGAUGUGCUCGAUGGCUCGUGGAGCGACGACGGCCCCGACGAUGAGUGCGAGCCCACCCUCACCGGGAAGGCAAAGCUCGAGUGGACGGACGUCAGGCGCGAAGGGAGCACCCUGCGGGAGGACCACUCCAAGAGGACCGAAGACACGUGGAACGACAACACGUGCCCCGACGACGUCACCUUCCCGACGAUCAGCGGCUCCGUGCACCUGCUCUCCUCCAUCCGCAGCGAGGUCGUCGAGGCCAACAUGGCGCUACCAGACCUCUUGGAGAAGAGCGAAGCGACCAACCUGUUCUCGCGCCCCGACUUGACCGACAAACUAGACGGCAAAGAGUUGCACGUCAACGCGACGGACCACAAACCGGACGAUGUGCACAUCGAUAGCGUCGAACCCACAUUCAAUAUGGACGACAGCGAGCACAAGUUCGACUCGAUACUGUCGUUGGCUAUAGAGAAGGAGGCCGCAAGACUGGCCGCCCAAUUGAAACACUCCCAAUACGCUAUGGAGGCCAGCGUGACAUCGAUAGCCUCCCUGGACCUGGACAACGUAAAACCGCCAUCGAAUCUCGGCAGUCUGUUAUCUUUGAGCGCGUCGGGACAUUGGGACGAGACGCAUACGCCGAAGAAGUCCAGGGGCCGAAAGAAGUCUCUUCCCGCCGCGUUGAUGGUUAAACGCGCUCUAACCAACUCCUACCACCAGGGCAGCUCGGAGCACCUGGACAGCAUACCCAUCAGUCUGCUGGAUAACGUGAAACCACCGUCCGAGAUGGAGCACAUCGACAUGGAGAGCAGCAUGAUAUCGGUGUCCAGUAUAGUCUCCGAAGUCGCCGACCUGAGGGAGAAAACACCCGUCGUGUUCGACUUCAAGCUACCAGUGCAGGACUUCCCUAUGUGCAACACCUUCACGAACGUUUUCCACGACCUCGACAAGGUCAACCCGCCGUCGCUGUUCGACGAGAUGGCCGAGUCAACCAUCGAGGUGGAGCCGACCACGGCGCAUCAGGCCUACGAGGACUGCACGUCGAACACGCUGAACGUCGUCACGGACAUCCCAUCGGGCUCCGAGAACUGCACUCCUCUGCCAUCUGACAUAAGCAGCGUGGAGUCGACGCCCAAAAGGCAACGCGACCCCAAGUAUCUGACGCCCAAAGAGAAGAGGAGGGCGUCCAACAACCGAUACCAGACCUACACGAUCACCGACACCGUGUCGGAGAGCGGGGUCGUCUUAGAGACGGCGGACACUGAACAGCAGUUCGUCACUUGGACCAAGUCCGAGAGCGACCGCUCGGACGAGUACGUGACGGCUAGUUCGGAGCCGAAGACGCGCCGGCGGCUCAACGCGAAGCAGCGGCGGAUGGAGGACCGCGCCAGGUACCAGACGCAGACCGUCAGCGUCCACGGCCUGCUGGCGCCGCAGCCGCCGCGGGACCCCGGCAUCGAGGACCUCAAACGGCGACUCGACGCCAAGAAGACGAUGAAGCAGAAACGCGCCGAGGACGCCGAGCGGUUCCGGACGCGGACGCUCGGCGAGGACAUACCGCCGUCGCCCACCUUCGUGACGAGGGACGCCAACUUCGAGAACGUCGAGACGACCACGGGCUACGACAGCCUGUCGUCGAACGAGCCCAACCACCAGCUGAUUAUCGACGACGUGUUCAGGGACGGCGACAGCGGCCACAACGAGGAGGAAUGCGAAACGAGCUCGUCUCGAAUGGGCACGUACAGGAUGCGCUAUAAGGACCGCUCGUCCGCCGACAUGUGCGUGGCGAACAAUCUCAAGAACAUCGAGAUGAGCGCCUCCUACGGGGUCGCGCGCGCCGACGGCCAGAACGCGAGCAGCGACUUCGCCAGCUACGAGGGCGACAGUCCGGAAGAUAGGGCGCGGUCGGGAUCCGACACGGACGCGCCGGCGGCGCGGCCGAAGCCGAAGAUCAUCAAGCCCGAAACCAGAGACGGGAGCGUGGAUUCGAACGAGUCCGGCGAGAGAGAGCACGACGCCCCGAAAGCGAUCAGGGGUAGGAAGAAGGCGAUGUACGUCUCGCCAUACAGGCGGACGGCGCCAAACGCCAAGAAGCAAACAACGCCGCCGGCGAAAGCCGUAGCGAGAACCACGCCGACUCCAAAAUCGGCGACUAACGUGCCGAAGACAGCCGCCAAACCCGUCAAACCGCUACCCGCCACUAGAGUGGCUAACCCGAGCGCGUCACCGAAAAAGCUGCCGAACAGAUCGCCCACUAAGACUGCGCAGAAGACCACCGCAACGGUCUCCGCACCCGCCAGCAAACCACUGCCCCUGACCAGGCAGGGCACUUUCACCAAAGAGGACAGCACAGUGCCGCCCAAGGACCUACCAGAGCCGGACCAGAAGACCCCACCGCCGCAAACAGCGAAGACCGCGACAAUAAGCAAAGCGAACACGUCGCCGUCGCGACUACCGCAGUUGUCGCGAUACGCGCGCCCCCCACUGGCCAAGACGAGCACCAAUACGGGGAAACAGCAAAAGCCGAACGUGAAGAGGACCGCAGAGCCCGCGAUGAAGAACUCCCCAUCCAACCACAGCCUGCAGAGCAACGACAGCGGGAAAACGAUAAUCCUAGCCAGAGGCUCUAGACAGGGAAGCACUUCCAGCGUCAACUCAAUCCCCUCGGCCAAGUCCAGCACGAGAGACGUGGAGAGCAAAAUAGCCAACCUCUGGCGGAAGACGGACAGGAGAACGGCGAACAAGAAGGUCGCGAUAGACGGCAAGGCGGAACCGCCGAAGCUGAUAAGGAGCUCGACCUUCGAGGGCCAGCCCAAGCUCAGCCAGAUCGCCGCGCCAAAGCAGAAGACCGCAAUCGGGAUGAGGGUCUCGCAAAUACCCAGCCUGAGGCCCAAGAGCACCCCCGCCAAAGCGUCCACAGCGACCAGCUCUAGCAAGAAGCCGGCAAAUAGGACAUUCGCGAAAAAGCAAACCAGUGGCCAAAUCACUUCA